UGCGCGAGGGCGGCGGAUUCGAACGGCGGAGAGAGCGAGGGCGGCGGGAGGAGGAGGAACAGGAGCGGGAAAAAGAAGAAGAGCAGAGGAAGAUGAGGCGCACGGUGCCCCGCAGCACUUUGCGGAAAAUAAUAAAGAAGUACAAGCCGCAGUUACGCCUGGCGGCGAACGCCGACCUGCUGGUGCAUUUGAACUUCUUACUGUUUCUCCAUCGGCUAGCAGAAGAAGCCAGGACGAAUGCUUUUGAGAACAAAAGUAAAAUAAUUAAACCCGAGCACACCAUAUCUGCCGCAAAGGUUAUUUUAAAGAAAAGCAGAGGCUAGAAAACAGACCACUGGAAUUUUAAAGCAUGUUUUUCCAUCUUGUCUUACUAACUUGAGACACUGUGAGCCAGCUUUAGCACUUGUGGGAGUAUGCAGUUUUAUUGACGUCUAUCUCCUGACUCUGAGUAUCUUACUCUUUCUUUAAAAAAAAAAUAAAAAAAUCUUACAAUGUCUAUUUUCAUACACUUCAUGCAUAAUUUUAAAGUGAAUGUCACUUGUCAUUUAAGACUUUUGAUGUACUUUAUUUCUUUCCUAAUGAUGGAGGAAUGCCUGUACCGUACAUACUCUUACAAUGUGGCAUCUAUUAUUAGAAGUGUGAAACUUCUAAAGGAGAAUAGUAAUAAAAAAAAUGCAGAUUUCACAAAAUCUGUUAUAGAUUGUGCAGUUCAAAGCAGAUUUACUAGUUAAAUAAAAUCUUGGCUUUCAAAAUAAUCACUGUAGAAGCAAGUGUAUUAAAUAUCUU